AUGGACGGGGAAACAAGUUCAGAUAUAGACAGGAAACUAUGUUCAAAACAUACUCGUGAAGUUGAAUACUUUUGUAAGACGCACCGAUUAUCUGUAUGUGCAAAAUGUAUAGUUCAAGAUCACAGAAUGUGUGAGGAUGUUUAUGAAAUAUCAGAGGAUGUUAAGAAAACAAGACAGUUAUUGUCGUCUGUCCGCUCAACGAUAUCCGGUGGUAUUGAUAAGUUUAAACAAGGAAAGAAAGACGCUGAAACUAAAUGUGAAAAUACACUGAAAGAAAUAGAUGAUCUAACAGAUAGUUUGAUCUCUAACAUUAAUAAAGGGUUAAGUAAAUAUAAACGGCAAUGUGCUGAACAGUAUGAAACAGAUGUAAAAGUCAGUAUCGAUUUCAAGUUGAAGAACUUAGAACAGUUAGACCUGGAAGUACAGAGUUUGAUGGAGAAAUUAUCCGAUUGUGAAUCGAGGAUGGACUAUGAAAAUAUAGAAAGUUGCUAUAAUACAUGCAAAAAGUUUGAAAGUUCAGCUAAAGAGUUAACUCGAGCAAAUGUCAGUGCAUAUGACGUUGAAUUUACUCCAAGUGACAUAAGUAAAAUGAUUCUGGCAAAUCCUGAUAUCCUCGGAAAUAUAGCGUCUCUUAAUAAGUCUUUAAAUCAAACAAAUAAACAAAGUGACGCUGAUCUAAGAAAUUUUGAAACGCAAUCCGAUCUUAAUCCUCACGUACCUCUACCAGACUUAACAAGUACUGUCGUUCAAGAGAAUAAACAUGUCCAAACAAUUAACCACGAUGAGGAAGCAUCUUGCGAUGUGCUACACAACUUAUCCGUGACGAUUGACAAUAUUAAGCGUGAUGGAAAUGAAGUUGUUUUGUGCCUUGGAAAACUAGCUCAAAAUGAGAAGGAUUCCUCCGAAAAGCUUACUUCUCGCCAGAAGGAAGAUACUAAGUCGGAAGAUGAUGUUGUUGAUCCUGGUGAUGUGGAGCCGGAAGAUAAAGAUGAGGAAAACAAGGAGAAUGGGGGGAAGGUCGACAGUAGAGAUGAAAUGAUUGAAGAUGGAGGUGGCGGUAAAGAUUAUUUACGGAUCUGCUCCAGUGGUUAUGAUUUCUUCCAGAUGCAGGAAGAUUACAGAAUCCGCGGAAUUGUGAUAAAUGAGAAGCAACUACGUAGCGUUGUACAAUGUGCGACCCUGCGCGCGCAGGACCCAGUAUAA